UUCCUGCUUGUCCAAACCAAUGAAGCUUCACAACCCCAAUUUUCCUGCAUCAUGCUCUACACAUGUUCAUAUGAUUCUACUCUUUACUAUAACCCUUCUAUGCUUGCAACCUGCCACUAUUUUUGCCACUCCAACAAAUGAGACUGAUCAUUUGGUCUUGCUUAAAUUUAAAGAAUCCAUUGCUGAUGACCCAUAUGGAAUCUUGAGCUCAUGGAAUGAUUCUAUCCAUUUUUGUAACUGGUAUGGAGUAACAUGUGGCCGCCGUCAUGGAAGAGUCACAACCUUGGUACUAGAAGGUCAUAACUUGCGCGGAACCAUUACACCUUACAUUGGAAACCUCACAUUUCUCAGGGCCAUCAACCUCCAAAACAACAGCUUUUAUGGUGAUAUUCCAAAGGAAGCUCGUCAUUUGUUCCGACUGCGACAUCUCUAUCUUUCAAGUAACACACUGGGAGGAGAAAUUCCAACCAGCUUGACCAACUGCUCCGAACUCAGGGUAAUGGUCUUAGAAUCGAACAAACUUAUUGGGAAAAUCCCAAUGGAGCUUGGCUCUAUGACUAAGCUUUUGACUCUUAUGGUUUCAACAAACACGUUGACAGGAGGAAUCCCACCUUCCUUGGGAAAUCUUUCGUUGCUCGUAAAAUUUUCAGUAGAAUAUAAUAACUUAGAGGGAAAUAUUCCAGAGAGUAUAGGCCAUUUGAAAAGCUUAUCAGUCUUCAGAGUUGGAGUCAAUAAACUGAACGGUAUGGUCCCUUCCUCUCUCUACAAUUUAUCAUCUAUUAGUACUAUACACUUUGUCUUCAACCAACUCAAUGGCGCUCUUCCAGCAAACAUAGGCCUCACUCUCCAUAAUCUCAAACUAUUUGGAAUUGGUGAGAAUGAAUUCUUUGGGCCAAUCCCUGAUUCUUUAUGCAAUGCAUCUAAGCUUCAAAUACUUGACGUAGGUGGAAACAACUUUGUGGGACCAGUUCCAACUAAUCUGGGAUAUCUACUAGAUCUUGAACACCUACGUCUAAGUUAUAAUAAUUUAGGAAGGGAUUUGGACUUCUUAGCGUCUUUAGGAAACUGUAGCAAAAUGGAAUCGCUGACAUUUCAAGGUAACCAAUUUGAAGGUGUUUUGCCCAAUUCUAUUGGCAACUUGUCAACACAACUUAAUAGAUUGCAAUUUGGAGGCAACCAAAUAUCUGGAAUGAUUCCUGCAGUGUUACAGAAUCUUAUCAACUUAAUUAAUUUGUCCAUGGAUGAGAAUCUUUUCAUAGGUGUGAUACCUACUUAUUUUGGAAAGUUUCAGAAGAUGCAAGGAUUAUAUUUAUCAGGGAACAAAUUGUCAGGGAAAAUCCCAAGCUCCAUUGGCAACCUCACUCAAUUGGUUGAUUUGAACUUUUCUCGAAACAAUUUAGAAGGAAGCAUACCUCCAACUAUUGCUAAUUGCCAAAGUUUGCAACAAUUGGAUGUUUCACAAAAUUACCUCAGUGGAGUCAUAUCUCUGCAGGUUUUUUCUCUUUUCUCUUUGUCACUAUUACUCAAUUUAUCCUACAACUCAUUUAGUGGUGAAUUACCGGUUGAAGUGGGCAAUUUGAAAAAUAUUAAUUCUCUAGAUAUCUCUGAAAACAACUUGUUUGGUGAAAUUCCCAUAACAAUUGGAAAUAUAUUGAAUUUAGAAGAGCUCCACUUGCAAGGGAAUUCCUUUGAAGGAAUCAUACCUUCAUCAAUGGCUUAUUUGAAAGGCCUUGAACUUUUGGAUGUUUCACGAAACAACUUAUCAGGAUUUAUUCCAAAGGGUCUAGAAAAACUUUUAUUUUUAAAAUACUUGAACAUUUCGUUCAAUGAUAUUGAGGGCCCACUACCAACUGUUGGAGUUUUCAAAAAUGUAGAUGCAACAUCAAUUAUUGGAAACAAUAGGCUUUGUGGGGGUAUUCCACAAUUACAACUACCAAAAUGCCCCAAAGUUACAAAAUCAAGAAAGCCUCUUGCUUCUAGAACAAUAAUCACAAUUGUUUGUGUGGUUGCAUGUCUCCUUCUAGUUUCAUCAUUUAUUGUUCUUUACUGGAGGGAAAAAUAUAAAAAGAAACCGUCUUCUAAUGUCUCAAAGACGGAUCUCCUUCCAACAAUUUCCUACAAAAUGCUUCAUCGAGCAACUAAUGGAUUUUCUCUCAACAAUUUGAUUGGAUCUGGUAGUUUUGGAUCAGUUUACAAAGGAGUUCUUAAUCAAGAAGAAAGGUUAGUUGCAGUAAAAGUUCUAAACCUUCAAACUAAAGGAGCUACCAAGAGUUUUUUGGCGGAAUGUAAUGUCUUAAAAAAUGUUCGACACCGAAAUCUUGUGAAGAUCUUAACAUGUUGCUCCAGUAUCAAUUAUAAUGGCAAUGAAUUUAAAGCUCUUGUAUUUGAAUUUAUGACAAAUGGGAGCUUAGAUAUGUGGCUACAUCCAAUGACAGAUUGCAAAAAUCAAUCAAAAAAUUUGAGCUUUCUUCAAAGAAUAAUUAUUGCAAUUGAUGUGGCUUCUGCAUUAAAUUAUCUACACAAUCAUUGUCAGCAACAAAUCAUUCAUUGUGAUUUAAAGCCAAGCAAUAUUCUUCUUGAUAGUGAGAUGAUUGCUCAUGUAAGCGACUUUGGUUUAGCAAGACUCCUCACAAGCACUGAUGAUUCUUCCCAGAAGUGUACUAGUACAAUUGGGUUAAAAGGAUCUAUCGGCUAUGUUGCUCCAGGUAUAACCUCUCUUAUUUUAGUUUUAAAUUCUUAA